AUGAGAGAUUAAUGAAUUAUUAUAUGAAUCAAUAAACCACUUUAUAAGUAUCUCAAUUAUUUAACUGCAGAUUCUACGGGCACUUGUUGGAAACGAUUGUGGACCAUUUUUACCAGAACUGGGCAUAUUGUAUGGAAUUCUAUCCUAUUUCACCAGUUAACAAAAACCUCGCCAACUUCUAGGAUUUAUGUAAAAUUAUUUACUGAUAAAAAUUUUACCAAGUGAUUAUGGUUUCGACUAUGAUCAUAUUUUACAGAUAAGAUGAAUCACCCUUUAGAUUCUAAAAUUACACUGUUUACCAUAAUAUUGGCAACAUGACAAGUCAAAAUAAACACAGGAUGUGGUUCGUAUCCUGUGUUGAUAUUUCUGGUUGGUGUAGACGUAAGGAGAUACCAACUUUCUUGCAACUGUUACGAAUAUGUAAGCUAUGCAAAAUAAAUAUGUAUCCAACACUUUCGUAAGAUUGGUGUUCAAAUCUCUUUUAUUUAUAUCUUUUUAUAUAACGAAUUAACGUACUCUUAACCUAACCUAAACCCUACUCACUACAAAAACUCAUCCAACCUCACAAUCUCCGUCUCUCCCUUCUCACUUGGUCUAUUUUUGUCCGAAGCCCAGACUUAGAUCUGCAUCAUUGCAGAUCCAAAUCCGGUCACGCAACAGAAUUUUAUUAAUUCCGUGUACAAAAGUGUAUCAAAUUGUGCUAACUUAGUUAUAGAGGAAUUAUUAUUUUUUAUAUAAGCUUGUAGUAAUCUUGAUCAUUCGCUAUAUAUUUCUUUUAUAUGAAUUUAAGAAUCAUGCCAUGCAUUAUGGCUUUGUAGAGCUGGCAAGAUAGAAUAAAUUAAUCAAGAUUUUUUUUUCAUUUAAACGUUUAUAAAUCUAUGACAGCGUGAUAACUUGUCAUUUAAUUUUCGCCGCAUUGCAGACUUCAAGAAUAACUUAAAAACUUAAAAAUAAUUUUAGAUAGAAUAAAUCGCUCCAGAUUUUGGAACAAGUUAGCAGCCUCCAAGUAUAAUUUGAAAUCAUUUUCUGAACUGUUUCGUAACCGUGACAAAACUCAUUUGUAAAAAUGUCAGACAUUAUUACGGUAGGGCAACUUGUUGGAAUGUUUUGGGAAGUUUGGGAACCCGGUGAUGAGUCCCACGUAAAAGAUUUCGCAAAUGCAUUGGAUGAUGACGUCCAAUCCCACCAUGAACGGCAAUUCGAAUUACAUCGUAAUCCUGGCAUCUUAGUGGACAUUUUACUUCGAUGGUUAUCUCGUGAGGGAGAACGUGCAACGAUUGAGUUGCUGCAGGAAAGGCUGAGCAAGGGGAAAGACUCAGUAAGAUACUUCCGAUACAGAGACAGAGACAGAGACACAGACUUCAGAUACCCAAGGGAGAGUUUCUUGAAGGAUUUGAAAGAUACUCUGAGGCGUUCACACCUAGCCCCAAACACAAAGAUCGUCGUAUUAGACCCUGCUUACAGUUCAAAGAUUUGUAGUCCUUUACCAACCCCCUCGUCUUCACAAUCAAUAGAUAGCAAGCAGGAGGAGACAGCACUCAUGGGACGAAAACCUGUUUAUAAUUUCGACAAUGAAUCAUACAUUGUAAUAGGGGGGAGGAACGAUCUUACUACAACUUUUGGAAUUAAAGUAAAUGACACUGAUGGCGGCGAUUUGGAGGGUUACAUCCCUUGGAAAAGGAUCAUUGGACAUGGGCGACCAUAUCGGAAAGUAAGCACAAAAUUGAUCAUCUCCGAAGAAAUGUUAAGCAUUAUGCCAAGAACGGCCAUUAUAUUUUUAUCUCCGCCACGCGACGCGACUUCCACAGAGGAAAAGUAUCGUGCCUGUGAGUUAAAUUGUCUAAACGAAAUACUGAACGAAAUCACUACAAAUUUUGUACACAUCAAGACAUUCAAGAUUGACUGGCUGCGCCAACUAAUUAUUUACGAUAUGAACUUCCCCGUCCUGAAAUUUCUAGCGAAUGCGGAUUCAGUUCUUUGCAAUUUUGUGUUGGACAACCCCCAAAAUAUUGCGGAGGGGAUGAUGUAUCCGAAUGCGUUUCGCUGCCUUGAAGAUCGCACAGAUAGAUACUUUAAACGCUUUCAACAAAUUGGUCCACAGAUUACCUUUUACACAAGAAUAAAAAAUAUGCUAAGCUGGCUUGGUGGAUAUGGUGUAAAAGUUGGUGGUCAAACUGUUAAAGUAGCCUUGUUAGACACGGGUGUUAAUUUGGACAUGUUGCCGGAUCAACGAUGUUUUACUUCAAAAAUGAAGACAGCGAAUGAUGGAAAUUUAGUUGCAUGCGUCGACGACUCCGAUGUUCAACACGGCACCAAAGUGGGAUACAUUUUAUCAAGGACAUGCCACCCUUGUACGAAAAUUUUACCAAUAAAAGUCUUGGACAGCCAAGGCCAAGGCGAUUUGGCUACGAUAACUCGCGGACUACAUCACGCAAAAGAAUAUGACGCACAAAUUAUAAAUUGCAGCUUCAAUUUCAAAGUAACAAACGAGGUUGCGAUACUCUUGAUAACUAACGUCUUUAACGAGUACUACAAUCAAUGUAAUGGGAAAGUGCUUCCUGUUAUAUCCGCUGGAAAUUCGUCCAACCCAGACGUGCUUCCUCCAGGUCAUUUGAAUUCUGUGAUAUCAGUCGGUGCAUUGACGUGGGAUCGCACUUGGUGUGAAUUCAGUAGCGGGAAAUGUGCCGCGGAUGUUGCAACUUUCGGAGAAAAUCUUAUUCUUAGACUAAAUAGGCAGGAACCUUGCACUGAAUUUGGGACUUCUCUCACUGCAUCAGCGGUUUCCGGGUUGCUAACUCGGUUGGUUUCGGAAUGGCCGGAACUUAUUGAAUUUCCUAAAGCUAAGGAACUCCUAGUAGGAAAUGCAGAUAAUGUUGAACAAUGUGCGAGUCACCCUGUAUGCCAAAAAAUGUUAAAUCCUAACCGGGCCUAUACAGGUAAAUCUGCUGAAGCGCGAGUACAUUACCCAGCAGCUAAUGAAUCAGUGGGCUUUGUCGCGGUCGAUUUAAGAGGCGCCUUCCAGGAUAUGUUCGAUCCUUAAAAUGUUUAUGUUCGGUUUGCACAUAAAAUGGUACUUUUGGUAAAUUUUACUAACCAAGUAAAUCAAUUAAAAUAGGAUUGGCUUCACCAGGCUGGUAGAAUGUUAUAGCAUUAAAUUCAAAUGUUCACCUUUAUUUCUUGUGGAUUACAAAAUUGAUACACAAAAUUUGUAACAUAUCUUAUAAAAAUUAUAAUUCAUUACUUGUUUCCAAUAAAUUUUAUCAUUCAUAAAUGAACGGAAAUUCUUGAUAUACGUACACUUAAAAAUAAUUGUCUCCCGUUUUUAAAAAUUAGACUUGUAAAAUUUAGACAUAGGGAUUCCGCGGGUAAUAAUUUAUCACGUUAUUUUAGCUGUACUUCCAAUCCGAGAACUUCAAUUCUACGUCUGAUAUUUGUAUUACCUAUUUAAAUAGUUAAUAAAAUUUUGCAAAUAAAUUCCUCUUAAUCAUUUGCAUGUGACCACAA